AUGCGGGACCCAACGUACCCUUUGAUUCCCAUCGCAAACAUCGUCGCUUCUGUUCUGCUCAUUGCCACUCUCGUGUCGAACAGCCAUCGCGGGGCCUACAACCAUGGCGUCAUCAUGCUCGAAGGAUGGGUUUUGGUCCAGGUCUUGAUCAUGGCCAUCCAAUCUAUCGUAUGGCGGGAUUCGUGGGAGAUCAAGAUCCCAGUAUUCUGCGACAUCUCGUCACACCUUUGGCAAGGAUCGACGAUUGGCAUACCAGCCUGCUCAUUCGUGAUCACUCGCCGUCUUUGGUCUGCGAUUCACGACGGUCCCGAAGGUCGAAGCGAAAGGACAUGCAAUGGCGUCACUUUCGACUAUCUCAUGGGUAUCGGGCUACCGUUGCUCAGCAUGGUGUUAUACUACCCUGUUCAAGGUGCUCGUUUCCAGGUCAUCGAGAACUACGGUUGCUCCACCUUCAUCUUCCCGAGUGGAGUUGCCUUCAUCCUUCUUCAAAGUUGGCUAGUCAUUUUACCACUCCUGUCAAUCUUGCUGUACGGCUGGCGCAUCAUUGUAUACCUGUAUCAGCACCAGCGCGCAACAAGCCGGAUUCUACACCAGAGUGGCGACAUAUUCGAACGAACUCACUACACUCGCAUCUUUGCGUUGGCUUGCGUAGACGUCGUUCUCGUACUACCUUUGGGAAUAGCUACCAUCAUAACGGGGUUUCCCGAUGGCACACAGUUCUGGCCUGGUUGGGACAUAGUGAAACAGUGGUGGGCGCCGCAAACUGUGGCUGACACCGAGUGGCGGAUAUCUGUCGUAUGGUCAUUCAACAUCUACUGGAACCAGUGUUCGGGCGUCGUGCUUUCAAUCGCCAUCUUCCUACUUUUCGGCCUCACCAAGGCCGCACGAGAGUCGUACCUGAAGGUGUUCCUGAAAGCGAGGGUACUCGGGUCACCAAGAUCGACAUCUCGGGAACAUGGGCCAGGCGCGACAUCGUCUAUAACCCUUCCUACUGCGCGCGCCGAGAUGGGACAGACAGAUUCACUGGCCACCGUGGCCGUGACGAAGGGGAACGUGAGGCAGGCUGCUGACCUCGAUACGUUACCCUCAGGGCCCGAGGCUAGCCCUAGGGCGCUUGUAGUUGUCGACAUUGAGGUUGGGCAUGCGAUGUAUUCACUUGCCAGAGGCUCCAUAAGCAGAUUGUAG